AUGGAACUUCCUAGCUUUCUCAGUCAAACCCCUCCGCCGGGCUACAUUCCUGGUAUUGGUAGAGGUGCUGUUGGUUUUUCUACCAAAGAAAAGGGUGGAGAGCGGAAGACACCAGCCAGAAAUGGGCCAAACAGUAGACGGUUAACGGAUACAAUAAAGGAUCAUACAAACAGGAAUAAAUAUACAAAGGAUCCCUUAGAAGGUGCUUUUGAAAAUCAAGAUGAAGAAGAAGUGAAUAUGUUCAAGGCAAUCGAAGAGAAAUUAAAAAACAAGGGUCGUUAUCAAGAUAAUGAGGACAGUUCAGGCAAUCGAAUUGUGAAUGUGUCAUCCAAUUUUGCUGACUUGAAGAGAAGUUUAGGCAAGCUUUCUCAAAAUGAUUGGUUAAACAUUCCUGAGGCUUCCGAUAUUACUAGGAGGAACAAAAGAGCAAGAAUUGAAGAACAGCUUGAAAGAAAAACUUACAGUGCACCCGACUCUCUCUUCCAGUCGAAUAUAAACUUGUCGAAAUUAACUGAAGAACGUGAGAGAUUACUAGCUCUUGAAAUAGAUAAAACCAUCCACACUAAAUAUCAACGUUCUGAUGAAUUAAUAGACUUGGAUACUUUAUCAAACUAUCAGAAUUCUUUCUCAUCGGCAAGUUUGGAAGAGAUUCGAAGAAAUAGGAAGAUUUUAGCUUCUUAUCGUAAAUCACAUCCUAGAAACGCAGAAAACUGGAUAUCCUCAGCCAGGCUUGAAGAAAAAGCCAAUCAAUAUAAUAGGGCCAAAAAGUUACUCGAGGAAGGUUGUAAAAUGUGCCCUAAGAGUGAAGAAAUUUGGUUAGAGUAUAUUCGCAUUAGCCAUUCUGACGAACAGUUUUGUAAACUUUUAGUCUCUACCGCACUACGACAUAAUAUAAAAAGUGAAAACCUAUGGAUAAAAGCUAUUGAACUAGAACAGCAAAACAUCAAUAAAAUUAAUCUUGUUCGUAAGGCACUGCUCAAUAUACCAUCCAGUGCGAGGCUAUGGGAGUUGGCUGUUAGUCUUGAAGAUUCAAAAGAAGGAAAACUCAAAGUUUUGAGUAGAGCUGUCGAACUAGUUCCUGAUUCACCAAAUAUAUGGUUGAAUUUGAUAAAGUUGCAAUCUAUAGAUGUUGCUAGGCAAACGUUGAGAAGAGCGGAAAAUUAUAUUAAAGAUAAACUAUCUUUCUGGAUUAUAAAAUGCCAAAUAGAAGAAGAAAACUCUACGGAUUUUGAUUCUCUUGUAAAUAUUUUUAUCAAUGGUUAUUCUAUCCUUAGAUCUCAAGGAACACUCCCCGCAGUCCAUGAAAGUUUGAAAGAAGCCCUUUUAUUAUCGGAUCAGAAUACCCAUCCAUCAACGCCUAAAGCAAUCAUUGUUUCAUUGGUAAAUGACUCUCAAAUUGAUACAGAAACAAAUAUUGAGAACCUUUUAAAAAUUCUUUCACAUGAUCUAAAUCUUAAGGCAAGCCUUUUCUCCUCUUUCUUGCAGAAGUACCCAUCCAAGUAUUCUAUAUGGCGAGAAUUUACCAAAUUUGCGGAGGAGAAUAAUAUGAAAGAUGUGCUAUUCGAAGCGUAUAAUAAUAUCGUUGUAAGAAAUCCAGAAAACAUUAAAAGUUACCCCGUUCUUCUUCUAAUGUACGCAAAAUCUGUCUGGAAUUGGGGUGAGAAACCUACUGAUGCCCUAAGAAUAAUUGACCAGGCAAUUAGUGUGUAUCCUGCCUUCAAAGAGUUCUGGCUGGCAAAAUUCAAAAUUUUAAACAGAGAAAAUACACUUACUGAUCUUGUUAAAUGUUUUAAGGAGUUUCAAUCUGCAAUCAAAAUGGGUGAUGAACAGGUAGUUGUAUUCUUUAUUAAGUGUUUGCAGAAUCAGAAUAGUGUAGAGCUUUCUAUCAAAUAUAUUGAAGAAGCCCUACGUAAUCAUCCUGAACAACCUGAGCUCUAUAUUUUGAAGUCCCAAGUUCAUCUAAGGUAUGGUAACAUUGAGCUGGCUAGAUCUACAAUUUAUUCUGCCCUCGAGAAAUUCAAUUAUGCACCAACUAUUAGUAUCUUCGCUGGCCAACUUGAAAUGCAACACAAAAACUGGGAGAAAGCUCGUUCAAUCCUCAAUAUUUCACUGUCAAAAAAUCCAAGAUCGGAAUCCUUAUUUGAGGCUUUAAUUCUUAUGGAAAUGGAAAUAAAAGAUGAUAAGCAAGUCGUUUACUUAAUCAACCAGGGUUUGAAGGCUUGUCCUGCUAGUUGGAAGAUAUGGUCUUUGCGUAUUAGAACGUUAGACAAGAAGUAUAUGCGGAAAACAAUAUUCCAUGAUGCAUUGAAAGCUACAAAAGAACAUCCUAUGGUACUUUGUGAAAUUGGGAGGGUAUUCUUGAAUGAAUCCCAGUUUACAAAAGCUCAUAAAUGGAUCAUCCGUAGUGUGGAAAUGAACCCACAAUAUGGGGAUCCCUGGGUCUGGCUUUACAUAUGUGAGAGCUAUCUUGAAGAAGAAAAGACGAAUGCAAAAAAUACCAUUGCAGAAAAGAUUACAAAGAUAGAGCCAAAGUUUGGAACUUUAUGGGAAGCGGCGGCCAAUUCCUAUGAACAUAUCUCCGACCCACCUGUAGACAUACUAAAGAGUAUUAUAAAAGAAAUAAAAGUCUGA